AUGGCUGAGGCAGUUGUUUCCUUUGUGCUCGAAAGUGUCAGAGACUUCACCAUUCGGGAAGCCAAGUUCUUGACUGGAGUCAGCGAUCAAGUUGAGGUUGCACAAAAUGAGCUGCAAUUGAUGCAGGGAUUCCUGAAAGAUUUGGAUGCAAGACAAGGAGAAGGUGCAACAGUCCAGAUUUGGGCUGCCCAAAUUAGAGAUGCUGCUUAUGAUUUAGAGGAUGUCAUCCAAACCUAUGGCUUAAAAGUGGUUUCCAAGAAGAAAAGAGGCCUCAAGAAUGUUCUCAAAAGAUUUGCCUGCAUCUUCAAGGAAGGGGUUGAUGUUCACAGGAUUGGGGCAGAAAUUGAGAAUAUCACUACCAAAAUUUCGGCGUUGAGAUCGAGUUUGCAGAGUUAUAACAUAAGGGAAAAGGACAGCAGUGGUGGUGAAUCUUCCUUGCAAUUGCAUGAGAGGCUAAGGAGAAGUUAUUCUCAUGUUGUUGAACGUGAUGUUGUUGGGUUAGAGUCCAACGUUGAAGAAUUGGUUAUGCAUUUGGUGAAAGAUGAAAACCGUCAUCAAGUUGUAUCUGUUUGGGGUAUGGGCGGUUUAGGGAAGACCACCCUUGCAAGAAAGGUUUAUCAUCACAAAAAAGUAAGGCAGCAUUUUCAUAGUUUUGCUUGGGUCUGUGUAUCUCAACGAUUUCAAGUCAGAAAUGUUUGGGAAGGAAUUUUAAUUGAACUCAUUUCUGCUACCUGGGAACAAAAACAAGAAAUUAGGGACAUGACAGAUGAUGAAAUAGCAAAGAAGCUUUUCCAUGUUCUGCAAGAAAUGAGAUGUUUGGUGAUACUUGAUGACAUAUGGAGAACCGAGGCAUGGAAUCUUUUGGAAAUUGCAUUUCCAAAUGUGGAAACAGAGAGCACAAUAUUGCUUACUACACGCAAUCAAAAAGUAGCCACGCUCCCAAAUAGAAAUGCUUUUCUCCACAAACUCCAGCCACUCAAUGAGAAUGAGAGUUGGAACCUACUUGAGAAGAAAGCAAUAUCUGAAAGGGCUGAUAUCGAUUUGGGAAUGUACACAAAAAAGAGAGAAUUAGGAAAGAAUAUGCUUCGACAUUGUAAAGGUUUGCCAUUAGCCAUUAUUGUGCUUGCCGGAGUUCUAGCAAGAAAAAAUACUGUUAGAGAGUGGGAGAUAGUGCAUGAGAAUGUUCAUGAAUACAUACGGAAAGGGAUAGGUCAUGAAGAAGAAUAUGACGGUCAUUAUCCUGAAGAUUGUAUUAUUUCGGUAAGCACAUUGACUAAGUUAUGGGUGGCAGAAGGUCUUAUCCUCUUAAGACAACAAAGACGUGGUUCGGAGAAAACAAUAGAGGAUAUAGCACGUGAUUGCUUGAGUGAGUUGGUGGAAAGGUGUUUGGUUCAAAUGGGAACAAGUGGUUCAACUGGGACAAUUAAAGAUUGUCGAAUCCAUGAUCUUGUACGAGACAUGUGUUUGUUAAAGGCAAAAGAUGAAAGCUUUCUCCAGAUUAACUACUCUUUGCAAGUAAAUACUUCUUCUGUGGCAGUCGAGGCAGAACAAUUGGGGAAAAUUCGAAGACUUGCAAUUUACGUGGAUGAGAAGGCAGAUAGGUUGGUUUCUUCAAGAGAUGAAACAAAUGGGCAUGUAAGGUCUCUAUUAUUCUUUGGCCUAAGUGAAUGGAGGCCAAAAAAUGAAAAAGGAUUACUUUCUCCAUUGAUGGAUUUCAAAGUGCUUAGAGUUUUGAAGGUGGAAGGUCUUUAUGGAGUAGAAGUUGAGUUGCCAAGUGAAAUUGGAAAUAUGGUACACUUAAGGUUUCUAAGUGUGAAGAAUACAAGAAUAAAAAGGUUUCCUCCAUCCCUAGGUAAUUUAGUAUGCUUGCAAACUCUUGAUUGUCGUGUUUGGAAUAACCAUGUGGUCGUCCCAAAUGUGAUAAAGAAGAUGAAACAAUUAAGACAUUUAUAUUUACCCUGGGAGUACAGAGCAAAGGGUAAGCUGGAGCUGUCUACUCUUGGCCAUCUACAGACCUUAUAUAACAUUUCAAGCGAGUAUUGUGAUUUGAAACAUGUUGGUAGAUUAACCAAUCUUAGAAAACUGAAAAUAAUUCUGUCAAGCUCUUUGCAAAAUCUGGAGGAAAUCUUAAAAUCUACAGGCAGUACGCUUAACCGUAUCCGGUCUCUAAUUUUUUGGAACAAUUCUGGAACGAAUAGCAGUGCAGAGCAAGCUAUGCAAAUAGUAUCAAGCUGUCGGGGUAUAUACAAAUUGACGUUGUAUGGGCCAAUCGCAGAAUUACCGGAAGAGCCCCACAACUAUCCAAACCUCACCAAGUUAGUAUUGUGGAAUUGCGGUCUCAAGGAGGACCAAAUGGGAAUACUAGAGAAGCUGCCAAACCUAACAAAUUUGAAGCUUUUUAAAAAUGCUUUCAAUGGGAAUACAAAGAUACUGGUUUUCUCUAAAGGAGGCUUUCCUUCUCUUCAAUUUCUUCUUGUUUUUUCCAUGGACAAAGUAACAGUGUGGAGAAUAGAGGAAGGAGCCAUGCCUCGUCUCUGUCGAUUGAAAAUUGGAUAUUGCUCGGGAUUGACUACACUUCCAGAUGGGCUGAGAUAUCUUACUAAUCUCAAGGAAUUAACCAUCAUAGGGAUGCGUAGAGAACUCCACAGUCGGAUUCAAGAAGAUGGAGAGGAUUUCUAUAAAAUUCAACAUGUACCUUCCCUUGUAAUUGAAGAAAUAUUCGAUUAA